CGAUUGGUCUAUGUGGCUAGGUAUGUCACAAGCACUGCGUAGUAUGGUGAUCGAUGCUAAUCUAUAUCAAUCCAAGAACUUACAAGAAAUUUGGCGCAACUAAGUCAAACACAAUAGGAUCCCAUUCGAUCUUGCAAGGAUCGCCCGGUCUGCAUGUAUGUUGUCUCGUCCCAACCCCACCAAGCAGCCAUUGCAGCCCGUUUGAACCUGAGCCACCUAGGAGGUAGAGAAGUAGGUACCGUACCUGGGUACCUACCUGCCGGCAGGCCUGCCUGCCUUGAUUGCUUACUCAAUGGGAAUACAUUACCUACCAUACUUUGGGCAGGCACUUCAGGUACCUAGGCACCUUACCUAGGCUAGAGAUCGUAGGGGGCCGACGCACGCAACAUAGCUCCCCUCCCUAGCUGUAGUGUUCCUCGUCCUAGCGCCAGCAAAGCUCUUCCUAACAUCUGCAACCACCCAAUGAAGAAUUAGAAAACGGUAUAUUACACACUAGCCACACCCUCACAUUUACAAUUAAACAUGGUCGACCGUCCCAACAAGCCCUCGGCCCUGGCCAGCACGCCAGGCCUGCCGCCCCAGGCACAGGUCAGCAUCACUCACGACAAGUCCCGCGUCGAGGCAGUAUUGCCAACAGGCGAGAGCGUCGAGGUCCUCCUGUACGGUGCCACCGUCCUCAGCUGGAAGAAGAACGGCCAAGAGAAGCUGUGGUUGAGCGAAGGGGCGAAGCUGGAUGGCUCAAAGGCCGUCAGAGGUGGCAUUCCGCUAGUCUUCCCUGUGUUCGGUACGGCUCCUGACCACGAGGCGACCUCGGCACUCCCGCAGCACGGGUUCGCGCGAACCUCGACUUGGGAGUUUCUCGGCAAGUCGACAUCGGAGUCGGCGGGCGAAGGUGAUGGUGCACCCAGGUCUAUGGCUGACCUCUCGGUCAAGCUGGAUUUCGGCUUAUCGAGCGCCAACCUCGAUGAGAAGACGCGGGCACUCUGGCCACACCCUUUUGGAUUACUCUACAGCGUCACGCUGGACCGUGAUGCACUCACCACGAGCCUGAUUGUGACCAACGAAGGCGACAAGCCAAUCGAGGUGCAGGUUUUACUUCACACCUAUCUAAGAGUCAAGGACAUCAACAACGUCACAAUCGAAGGUCUUGAAAACGCAUCGUACAUCGACAAGGUCGACAAUGCAUCCACCAAGACUCAGGACACUGCUCCGCUGGCUAUUAACGGCGAGACGGACCGUAUAUACACACCCGUCGGUGGACCCCGUGCACCAGUCACAGUGCUCGAGGGUGGACAGAAGACAUUUGAGGUUGUGCGUGAUGGCAAUCUCGACGACGUUGUGGUCUGGAACCCGUGGACCGAGAAGGCCAAUUCAAUAGGCGACUUCGAGCCUAAAGUUGGCUUCAACAACAUGUUGUGUAUUGAGCCGGGUGCUGUGCGGGCGUGGCAGACGCUCGAAGCGGGAGACGCGCUUGAAGGUGCGCAGACCAUCAGGGCCUGGUAACUCGGCCAUGUUACUGGACUCUCUCAGAACGCAACGAGCGAAGCUGCUAGGCUAUGAGGCGUGGGGAUGAGAGAGGCUUAUGACGGUACGACAAGAUUAUGAUUGAUGAUUAGGAAUGUCACGCGCAAUUUGACGCGUGUCAAGCUAGCUGGCCGAUUUAUCACCUAGCUCGAGUUACUCACUCCUGGUCCCAUGAAUUAUCAAACGGCCGUGGGUGAAAUCCGCUUGAUUCCAAUGGACAACUGAUAAAGAUGGUGCUACAAGGAGUAAGAAAGGGUAACUUCAAGGGAGAGGGAACCCCUUUCAAGGGAGUUAAUUCCUUCACACAUGGUACCAUCUAUUAAUACCAAGAAUGAAGAAUCCAAAUCUAAAGGUGACUAUUCACAGAGUAAGCUGCCUUCAUUUUGUACGUGGGUGUGCGAUAUCAGUCGCUAUGUGUCGGGUUCAAUGUUCAAUGCGUUUAAUGGCCAUAGUGUGUUCGGU